AUGAAUAAGCAAGUGUGUGAAAAGUUCGAGAAUCUAUGGAAUGGUUUUCCCGAUAAAUUGGAGAAUAAUAAAUAUCAUGAAUUUAAAAAUAAUAAUUUUUUAAAUGGUUAUUGUGAUGGUAAUAAAUGUGAUAGUGAUUUCGAAAAAAUUAGUGCUGGAUUUUUUUAUUUCCUUGGUGGAUUCUUUGGAGGUUCUGAUUUGUUUAACUUUGAUGAAAAAAGUAAGAACGAUAUUUUUGAUUACAUUAUGAUAUGGUUAAGUUAUAUGUUAAACCUAAAGGAAAAUAUAUCAAACGACAGUCUACAAUAUUUUUAUGAUAAAGGUAUAAAAAUUCAUCAAAAGUAUACAAAUCCUAUAGCUGGUUUUGCGGAGUAUACUAGUUAUAAGGAUCUUUUAGAUAAAAAAAAUAUCAAGAAUAUGAAUAUUAAAAAUAUGUCUAAAUUUUAUGCUCCAUUUAAAUCAUUAUGUAACAUGUAUAAUGAAUUUAAUGAUAACAUGACAGAUUGCAAAAAAUGUUUGAAUUAUGCUAAUGAAUUUUCUAUAAAAUAUAAAGAACUUAAUGGAGAUUCUAGUAUUACUAAUGAUAAUUCCUAUAAUAAACUAUUGUGUACUUUAUCAAAUGAUUAUGAUAAUUUUAAAAAGAAAUACAAAGACAGUUUAUCCUUUCCAACGAUAGAAAAACCAAAAAAUUGUGUACAAAGAUUAGAACAAAUUUCUCAAGAUGCAUCAUCAAGCUCAUCGAUAACAAACAAAUUAUUUAUAGUUUUAUCGAUAUUUGGUGCAAUAGCAUUUUUUUUAGGAAUUUCUUAUAAGUAUUCGUUAUUUGGAUUUCGGAAACGAUUUAAAAAACAACAAAUAAGAGAAAAAAUAAAAAAUAUAAAGAAGAAAAUGAAUCAGUAA